AUGGCUGACGAUUUGGGAGACCACACUACCCUAGAACAAGAUUUCAACGAAUGUCAACUGAUUGUAGACAAAUUGGAGAAUGAUGAAAGUGUUCCGGAAGAACAGGCAAGUAUUAGCUGUAAUAUUGUCAUGUGUUUAGAUUGUCAAGACGAUGAAGAAGCUGGAAGAACUUCAGAACAUCAUGACGAGUUCUGAUUUUGUCAGCGCCAAUGAUUGUCUCGAGGACUUUUCUACCCAAACCAUGAAGUUGUUGUUGAUCGAGGUGUAUCUGGGCCGAGUGGUUGAGAGUUUGCAUGAGAAGGACAGGCGGAAGCAGUUACAACGUGUGAAGGUCUGUUAAUAUUAUUUUGACAUUUAUUAUUAGUUUGUCUUUGGCAAUUCAAUGUUGACAUAAUUUUUUGCUCAAAGUAUUACUUAAAAUUCGUUUAAUAACUUCGGAUACGAAAAAAUAUAAAACACAUUUUUACGAUUAACAUAUUCGAUCGUUUUAGGGUCUUUAUAACGGGUACUUGGUGACAGCAGAAGUCUAUGGGUUCAGUCCAAUUAACGAAGGGAUUCCGAGAGAUGCAGCUGACAGAACUUCAUCACAAGGUCUUAUCACAGAUGCAGCGAUAAGCCGUAACAGGAAGAUGUACUUUUACUGUAUGGAGGAUGAAUUGAAGCAGGAGAUUGAUGCUUUGAAUGCUCAAAUGAAUCCAGAUGAUGGUACAAUGGUAAGUUGUACUUUAAAAUUAUAAUUUAAAGUUAUUUUUAUAGUUUGGGUUUUUAAAUAUAUUUCUUGCUUAUAUCUAUUAAUUUAUAUAAUUGUGGCUUCUUUACAAUUAUAGGGUUAAGUUAUUGUAGUCCAAUGUUAAAAUUUUAACUUUAGUAUUGUUUUAGAGGAGUUUGUACGAAAAGAAGUUACGUUUGUGGUGUUUGAAAGCAGUACGGUCUUCAGAGAUGAACAAUAGUAAGUUUAAGUAUGUUUUUUAUGUACUUUUUGUUUAGGAGAACUGGAGAUGUUGAAGUUCCGAGAUGAAAUGACAAACGCCGAUCGUGAGCAACUUGCUAAACGACCAGGUAGGUUUGUGAUUUGUAAACUCACUACCACUUAUCUGAGAUGAUUUUAGACUAACAAUAGUAAAUCUUAUGAUAAAGUAGAAUAUUAACUUUGAUGUUUUUAGAAAUAACGCCUCUAAAGACCAAGUUUAUCCCAAAAAGAGAAACUGAACAAGGCAAAGUCUUUGGCAUGGGGUACCCAUCUCUACCUUCUCAAACGGUCAACGAAUGGUAUGAACAACAAGUCAGUUCUGGCCGAUUUAAAACCCAAAAACCAGUAACAAUAACUGGAAACGAAGAUGAAAAACACGAAUCUGAAGACGAAGAUGCAGGCCCAGAAGCCGUAAGGGAUCAGCGUGAUGAAGAGAAGAGACAAAAAGACAUGAGGAUGGACGAGUACAAGGAUACCCAUCCACGAGGCUGGGGGAACAUGUACGGAAAAGGGUAA